AUGGCUAGGAAGAGAAAAGCUGGUGCAGGGGUGGAUGAAAAGCAAACUGACAAAGGGAAUGUUGUCUCGCAAGAAAUGGUUAAGGAGGCGGCAGCCAGGGCAGCGGCAGCCACAGUACACCAAGCGCGCAAGAGAUUUGUUGGGGUUCGACAGCGGCCAUCAGGGCGGUGGGUGGCAGAAAUAAAGGAUACUAUUCAAAAAAUAAGGGUGUGGUUAGGCACCUUUGACACAGCUGAGGAGGCUGCAAGGGCUAGGCCUCGUUACCGUAGCGACUCGGGCACAGCAGUGGCGCUCUCGGGCGCUGCUGCUGUGUGGGAAGCAAAGCAGCGGUGGUCUCGUGCUAGCGUGCCGAUGUUAAUCGAUGAUUGCUAG